CACCCUGCAGCGAGGCUGUAGCUGGAAGGCACUGCCUGGGACCAUGGGGAGCAGCAAGAGCAAACCCAAAGACCCCAGCCAGCGCCGGCGCAGCCUGGAGCCCACCGACAAUGCCCACCACGGGGGCUACCCGGCCUCGCAGACGCCCAGCAAGGCGGCUGCUCCCGACGCCCAUCGGACCCCCAGCCGCUCCUUCGGGACCAUGGCCGCCGAGUCCAAGCUCUUUGGAGGCUUCAACACCUCUGACACGGUCACCUCGCCGCAGCGUGCCGGGGCGCUGGCUGGUGGAGUCACCACCUUCGUGGCCCUCUACGACUACGAGUCCCGGACCGAAACAGACUUGUCCUUCAAGAAAGGAGAGCGCCUGCAAAUUGUCAACAACACGGAAGGUGACUGGUGGCUGGCUCAUUCCCUCACUACAGGACAGACGGGCUACAUCCCCAGUAACUAUGUCGCACCCUCAGACUCCAUCCAGGCUGAAGAGUGGUAUUUUGGGAAGAUCACUCGCCGGGAGUCCGAGCGGCUGCUGCUCAAUCCCGAAAACCCCCGAGGGACCUUCCUGGUGCGGGAGAGUGAGACUACGAAAGGUGCCUACUGCCUCUCCGUCUCUGACUUCGACAACGCCAAGGGGCUCAACGUGAAGCACUACAAGAUCCGCAAGCUGGACAGUGGCGGCUUCUACAUCACCUCCCGCACCCAGUUCAACAGCCUGCAGCAGCUGGUGGCCUAUUACUCCAAACACGCCGACGGCUUGUGCCACCGUCUCACCAACGUCUGCCCCACGUCCAAGCCCCAGACGCAAGGCCUCGCCAAGGAUGCCUGGGAGAUCCCCCGGGAAUCGCUGCGGCUGGAGGUCAAGCUGGGACAGGGCUGCUUCGGAGAGGUGUGGAUGGGGACCUGGAACGGUACCACCCGGGUGGCGAUCAAGACACUGAAGCCCGGCACCAUGUCCCCGGAGGCCUUCCUGCAGGAAGCCCAGGUCAUGAAGAAGCUCCGGCAUGAGAAGCUGGUUCAGCUGUACGCCGUGGUUUCGGAGGAGCCCAUUUACAUCGUCACUGAGUACAUGAGCAAGGGGAGCCUCCUGGACUUCCUGAAGGGUGAGAUGGGCAAGUACCUGCGGCUGCCCCAGCUCGUGGAUAUGGCGGCUCAGAUUGCGUCUGGCAUGGCCUACGUGGAGAGGAUGAACUACGUCCACCGGGACCUCCGGGCAGCCAACAUCCUCGUGGGGGAGAACCUGGUGUGCAAAGUGGCCGACUUUGGCUUGGCGCGCCUCAUCGAGGACAACGAGUACACUGCUCGGCAAGGUGCGAAGUUCCCCAUCAAGUGGACGGCCCCCGAAGCUGCUCUGUAUGGCAGGUUUACCAUCAAGUCGGAUGUCUGGUCCUUUGGCAUCCUCUUGACCGAGCUCACCACGAAGGGCAGAGUGCCGUACCCAGGGAUGGUGAACCGGGAGGUGCUGGACCAGGUGGAGCGGGGGUACCGCAUGCCCUGCCCGCCCGAGUGCCCUGAGUCACUGCACGACCUCAUGUGCCAGUGCUGGCGGAAGGACCCGGAGGAGCGACCCACCUUCGAGUACCUGCAGGCUUUCCUGGAGGACUACUUCACCUCGACAGAGCCCCAGUACCAGCCCGGCGAGAACCUAUAGACCCGGAGCUCCUCCUGGCACCAGGG